GUCCUAUCUGGGCCUAAGAAGUUCAACUGGAGCGGUGGCCAGGCGGCCUGUGCGUCAGCCCUAGCCUCCGUCUCGCAGAUCUACGUGGGGCUUCCGGAGGUGCACAAUGACAGUGAAACAAAUGCCCUCAUCGAUUUUCUGGUACGAGUGGCUGUCAAGGAGAAAAUCUGGCUCGGCGCCAAAAGAGAAGGUCCAACCAAGCAAUUUGUGUGGAACCACACCAGUGACGUUGCUGUCCUCGACUUUGUACCCUGGUCGGGAGGCUUGGGUCUGGGCGACUGCAUUAUCUUCUUUUACGAAAACCAACGCUCCAAAUCGGAAUGGAAGAAUGUGCCCCGUCUGAAUAAUGUCGGAUGCGACGAAAAUUAUGCAGUGGUUUGUUCUCAUAGAGGGAACGCUCCGGUCAUUGAUUCAACACUGACCCGUGGCACCUAUAGGUGUACGGGCACCAGAGAUCCAGCCCAUCCAAAAGAUCCAGCCUAUUUUCGGACCCAGUUCGUCUACAGCGGCAUUCCUUUGCAGUUCUGUGAAGGUAGGAAGCUUCGUUCAACUGCUCCUGGCGGAGCAUUACAGUACGACAACUUCGUUGACGAACGUUCAUCUAUCGUUAACGGAACUCACUCGACCCGCUGUGACUUGGAGCUCAUUCUCGAGCCCCGCCAGCAGUUACACAGUGACUGGCAGUUAAGGCAGAUAGCAUAG